AUGCGUUGGAGUCUUCAUAUUCCGAGCGUGCUGCUCGGCUGCAUCGCGGCCACGGCCUCUGCCGUUCCGAACCAGCAGUUCGCCGCGCGGCAGUCCGCAGACAUCCUCGCGAGCUACGACUACGUCGUCGUCGGCUCCGGCCCCGGCGGCGGGCCCCUCGCGGCCCGGCUCGCCAUCGCCGGCAAGAAGGUCCUCCUGCUCGAGGCCGGCGACGACCAGGGCGGCUCGGUGCCGUACCAGGUGCCCGCCCUCAACCUGCAGUCGACCGAGUACGACCCCAUGAAGUGGGACUACUACGUCCAGCACCUCAGCGACCCGGCGGAGCAGAAGAAGGACUCCAAGAUGACGUACCGCCUCCCCUCCGGCGACCUCUACGUCGGCCUCAGCCCGCCGUCCGGCGCCGAGCCGCUCGGCAUCCUGUACCCGCGCGCCGGCACCCUCGGCGGCUGCGGCAGCCACAACGCCCUCAUCACCGUCUACCCGCACAAGUCGGACUGGGACGGCAUCGCGAGCCUGACGGGCGACGGCUCCUGGGCCGCCGCCAGCAUGCGCAAGUACUUCCAGCGCCUCGAGAACGCCGAGUACCUCCCCAACGGCGUCCUCGGCCACGGCUUCUCGGGCUGGCUGACGACGAGCGUGACCGACCUGGGGCUCGUCAUCCAGGACGUCAAGCUGCUCACCGUCAUCCUCUCGGCCGCCUCGUCCAUGGGCAAGAGCCUCGUCGGCCUCAUCUUCUCCACCAUCCAGGGGCUCGGCGAGGUCCUCCUGCGCGACAUCAACGUCGACCUGCCGGGCCGCGACGCCGCCGAGGGCCUGUACCAGGUCCCCAUCUCCGUCGACGGCGGCGUCCGCGUCGGGCCGAGGGAGUUCGUCCUCGACACCGCCAACGCCAAGAACGCCGACGGCUCGCGCAAGUACCACCUCGAUCUGAAGCUCAACACGCUCGUCACCAAGGUCCGCUUCGACCGGAGCGGCGCCAAGCCCCGCGCCGUGGGGGUCGACUUCGUCACGGGACGGAGCCUGUACCGCGCGGACCCGCGGGCCGGCGAUGCCGGCGCCGGGACGCCCGGGUCCGUCAAUGCCACGGCCGAGGUCAUCGUGUCGGCCGGCGCCUUCAACACGCCACAGCUGCUCAAGCUCAGCGGCGUGGGUCCCAAGGCCGAGCUCGCCUCCUUCAACAUCCCCGUCGUCGUCGACCUGCCCGGCGUCGGCACCAACCUGCAGGACCGCUACGAGACCAGCGUCAUCGGCGAGACGCCGACCGACUUCCAGGUCACCAAGGACUGCACCUUCAUCCGCCCCGGCACGGACGACCCGUGCCUGAAGAAGUGGCGGGACGGCGCCGCCAACGGGCAGCGCGGCAUCUACGGCUCCAACGGCAUCAGCCUCGGCAUCGUCAAGAAGUCGUCCGUCGCCGAGGGCGACCCGGACCUCUUCAUCGCCGGCGCCCCCGUCAGCUUCCCCGGGUACCUGCCGGGAUACGCGGCGGCCGGCACGGCGGACGCGCGCCACUGGACCUGGAUCACGCUGAAGGCGCACACGCGCAACCGGGCGGGGACGGUGAAGCUCCGGUCGGCGGACCCGCGGGACGUGCCGCAGAUCGACUUCCACUCGUUCCAGGACGCGGCGGCCGGGGCCAAGGACAUCCAGGCCGUGGUGGAGGGCAUGAAGCUGUCGCGCAAGAUGUUCGACAGCGUCGUGCCGCUGACGGGGGGCUUCACCGAGGUGUGGCCCGGGAGGAACGUGACGGACGAGAUGCUGCCCGAGUUCGUCCGGAACGAGGCCUGGGGCCACCACGCGAGCUGCACGUGUCCCAUCGGCAGAGACGGCGACGCCCUCGCCGUGCUGGACUCCAAGUUCCGGGUGAGGGGCACCGAGGGCCUGCGCGUGGUCGACGCCAGCGUCUUCCCCAAGAUCCCCGGCUACUACAUUGCCGUCCCUGUAUACAUGAUCAGCGAGAAGGCGGCCGAUGUGAUUCUCGGGGUGUAA